GCGUCUGGGCGGCCGGGCCGGCGCCAUCGCGCUACGGGCCCGAGCUGGACGCACGGUCGCCUCCCGGUUGCUUCAGCGCGCCUGGAAGCGCCGGGGUAGAGAAGAUGGCGGCUUCCGCGGCCAGCCUGGGCGGCGGCGGCGCGGGCGCGGGGCCCGAGCCAGGGGACUUCUUGACCCGCUACCGCCAGGUGUCCAACAAGCUCAAGAAGCGGUUCCUGCGGAAGCCGAACGUGGCGGAAGCCGGCGAGCAGUUCGCCCAGCUCGGCCACGAGCUGCGCGCCCAGGAGUGCCUGCAGUACGCGGCCUGGUGCCAGCUGGCGGUGGCGCGCUGCCAGCAGGCGCUCUUCCACCGGCCCGGCGAGGCGCUGGCGUUGACCGAAGCUGCGCGCCUCUUUCUGCGGCAGGAGCGCGACGCGCGCCAGCGCCUGGACUGCCACGCCGCCGCCGGGGAGGCCCUGCAGGCCGCUGCCGCCGCGCUGGGCGCCGCCGUGCGCCUACACCUGGAGCUCGGGCAGCCGGCCGCGGCCGCCGCGCUCUGCCUCGAGCUGGCGGCCGCCCUGCGCGACCUAGGCCAGCCGGCCGCCGCCGCCGGCCACUUCCAGCGCGCCGCGCAGCUGCAGCUGCCCCAGGGGCCCCUGGCCGCCUUGCAGGCGCUCGGCCACGCCGCGUCCUGCCAGCUGCUGGCGCGGGACUACAGCGGCGCGCUGGCACUCUUCACGCACAUGCAACGCCUGGCACAGGAGCUCUGCGGUCUCCCGCCGCAGCCCCCGCUCCCUCAGCCCGCCGCCUCCGGCCCUCCACUCCCGCUGCUCCUGCCCGGCGCGGGGCCGCCGGCUGCCGCCACCCCGGCCACGCUGGGCGCCUUCGCCGACGUGCUGGUCCGUUGCGAGGUGUCCCGUGUGCUGCUGCUGCUGCUCCUGCAGCCGCCGCCCGCCAAGCUCCUGCCGGAGCACGCGCACACCCUGGAGAAGUACGCCUGGGAGGCCUUCGACGGCCACGGGCAGGACAGCAGCGGCCCGCUGCCCGAGGAGCUAUUCCUGCUGCUACAGUCCUUGGUCAUGGCCGCGCACGAGAGGGACACAGAGGCCGUCAAGUCGCUGCAGGUGGAGAUGUGGCCCCUGCUGAGCGCCGAGCAGAACCACCUCCUGCACCUCGUUCUGCAGGAAACCGUCUCCCCGUCGGGCCAGGGGAUCUGACGAAUCCCUGAGAGGAACCCAGCCACGCUGUGCCUGUUCCUGAAACUCAGGCACGGGCCUGCGCAUUUGCGGGAACACGAAAGAUCUUGAUCCUGGCGCUUCUGCUUCUGCAGUGUAUCUUACUUGUCUUGCCACCGGAAGAAUGCAGUUGACUAAAGUCACCUUGUUUCCAUAACAGUGGCAGAAAAAAAAAAAACACCCAUAUAAUAGAAUCGGAGGACACAGCUCACCUCACCAGAAAUUUCAACAUAAACUGGAGAAUGCCUUGGGUUCCUUUCACCCAAUCGUCUCCCGACCCCGCUCUGCGGCCCCCGCCCCUCCACCGCCCAGAGGGCUCCACUUUCCCCACAUCCUUGUUUCACACAGGAUUUAUUUGCAUAGCUCUGGCCUGGAACUCUAGCUGCAUGAUUUUUUUCAUGGUGACUUUGAUUCUUUAGCGUAUUGUGAUGUCUGCCUGCGUGAUCGCCCAGUUCCUCCUUUGUUCCAUGCGCCUUAUACGUUAGAAUCGUUGUAUUCAGUACUCCGCGGUUGUCACUACAGCCCUCAAUCCAUGAUAAAGCCUUUCUGACACUCCUGACUUGUGGUUUAGAUUGAUCUCCUCUGUAAAAUGGGAAUAGCUUAUCUACCUGUCAGAAGGCAGAAGCACAAACAGAUAGUUCCCAUUUAGAUCCGAGGUGGAUUCAUUCACUCGAAAUGGACACUGUGCCUUUGAAUCUACAGAGAUCAUUUGCGAUGUGGUCUUUAGCUGCAAUGCAUAUGUUUUCAGUACAAACGGGGUGGGCCUGGGAGUAGGGGUGAGGACGGGGUGAGCUCCAGCACAAUGGUGUCAGAUGUGCAAUGGAGUUGUUAGUUGCGGUUGUUCCGAGAGGUCCAGCUAAUCCACAUGGGCAGGUUUUACUUGUAGUAUGGACCCUUCUACAAAUCUUCAACUCAAAUAUAUAAAAUUAGCAUGCUUCUUUGGUCUAGUGUGAUCACGUAUAUGCCAGACUAUGCCCUUGGUCCCCAGAAGCAGGGUGGCGUUCCAUUUUUAGACACUAGAUUUCUGGUCCAAAUGAUACAUGCAAACUGACUUUCUCAGGUUUUCUUUAGCGCUGAGUGUGAUGACAAGAACUCUUUAGAAUAUAUUCUCAUUCUCUUCCAUUCAGUUUGGGAAAAUGCAUCCUUUAGGCUGAAGUUGUAGACAGCACUAAUCUUUUGGGGGUGAGUUUUAAGCACUCAGUUUAGGAAUCUAUCUUGCUUUUGCAUAUUUGGUGGGGAGGGGGAAUAUGUGGAGUGUUGUAUGAGAUAAGUGCCCCCAAAUGGGUGGGACUUUUAGGGUAUGCUUUUGGACCUCUAUUUCAGUAGUGGCUAAGCAAGUAUAGGGGAGCCCACUGGAGACAGAUGCAGGCACCCCUCCUGUGCCCUCAUGUGGCUGCCAGGCAGGGUCCUUCCAAGCCCUAAAAGCCCAGUCCAACUUAUUGCCAAGGCAGUGAGGGUGCACGCUCCCUUGUGUGUUUGCUUUUUCUGGGACACUCAGCCCUGGCUGCCUCCCUUACCAUCCUUAGGACAAGAAUGCUCAGGAAUGAAUUAUGGAGUGUGCCUGGUGAGAGCAUUUGGGUUUAGGUGCAAAGUAAAGCCUCCUUUGUUGUUGUUUAGUCACUAAGUCAUGUCUGACUCUUUGUGACCCCAUGGACUGUAAGCCCACCAGGCUCCUCUGUCCAUAGGAUUUCCCAGGCAAGAAUACUGGAGUGGGUAGCCAUUGCCUUCUCCAGGGAAUUUUCUCAAGCCAGGGAUGAAACCUGCAUCUCCUGCACUGGCAGAUAGAUUUUUAUUACUGAGCCACCAGCAAAGCCCUUAAAAGCUUGCUUUGAGGGAGUGAGGUGAGGAAUUACCACAGAGCCUGGUAUUGCAUAUUCAAGCCUAACUUUAGAAAACACUAAAGGCUGUUUUCUGUUUGCCAUUGGCUCAUUUAUGUAUCUUCUUCAGACACUUUGUAGCACAGAGAGCUGGGCUAAGGCCACAUCAGUGAUUUUGACAGAAUUCUCUUGCUGUAUAUCAUCACCUGGUGUCAACAUUAACACUGACUUCUAACACAACCAAAGAUAAAUAUUUUAAAAGGACAGGAUUAGUGUUCUUUUAAACUUGAAAACCAAAGGGAAAGAUCUGCAUCACUGACAGUUCAAAAUUCACAUUCAAAAUAUUAUGAAAUAUUGAAAAUAGUAGCCAGUGAAGCAAUGAUCUUUAAAAGGUGUUGGGUUCUUUUACUCCCUUUAUGAGGGACUUCUGUGAUGAGACGUUGCUUAUGAAAAAAUAUUUUGCAUGUGAAUGGUUGUCCAGGUGGAUUACACCUGGUUUCCUGGGGUUUCCAGGUGGCACAGUGGUAAAGAAUCUGCCUGCUGAUGCAGGAGACUCGGAUUUGAUCCCUGGGUGGGGAAGAUCCCCUGGAGAAGGAAAUGGCUACCCACUCCAGUAUUCUUGCCUGGAAAAUAAAAUGGACAGAGGAGCCUGGCAGGCUACAGUCCAUAGGGCUGCAAAUGACUGAGGGACUGAGCAUGUGGAUGGUACAAAGAUUUUUAAACAUUUGAGAACCAUUAUACUGGAGGAAGAUGACUAAGACUGAAAUGUGUAAAUUAAUCAAGCAUGCUCUGGGAUGACAGAGUUCUGGUUAGUGUGAACUGUAGAGACAUCUCUACUGCCAUUAGACUAGACCACCAGUUCAGAAACUUUUUCAGUAGAGGAGAUGUAGAUAUUUCAGUUUUUUCGAUCCAACUAAACAUUCAGUGACUAAUAUACUAUGACUAAGGGAGGUUUUUCCUGGAACGCAGCACUGAGUUGUGCUGGAGCCAGCUAGGACUAGCUUGUGAGAAGCAAUUGUGGCUGGCUGCUCCCAAGUCUGCAUUCAGUGACCUUGCAUCAGCAGCUUGAAAUCAGGUGUGAUGGGAAAUAUUUACAUCAUGGAAAUCCGCAAAUGUUACAAAUAAAGGCCCUUCCCCUGACUGUCCUCCACUUUGCCCCAGAGCUGGUUGUUAAACAUUCGCCAGCCUGCCAUUGAAUGAGAGUAUAAUUUACAGCAAAGAGAAUAAACGUGAUCAUAUCCAAGAUGCUGAAAAAGCACUUGAUGAGAUUCUAUAGCCUUUCCAAAUAAAGUAGGAGCAAGAAACUUUUUAAAUGUUAUAAAAAAUAUUUGAAACUAACUGAACAUUAUAUUAAACAGUGAAAUAUGGGAUCCAUUCCCAUUAAAGUCAGAAGCAAGAAAUACUCAUUUAUAAUAAAGAUAAUAUCUUUACAUACUAUAGUAUCUAUACAUACUAUCAAACUUCAGACAAAAGAACAAAGAGCAUUUUGUUUACCACCCAAGUCUACAAAGACUGAUCUGCUGCAGCUGGUGAUAGACAGGGUACUGGGUGUUCAGAGGAAGAGAUUAACAGGAUAACAGGAUGAGGCACUGUGUGUUUCAGGAAAUUCAAGAUGAUAACAGGAUACUCUGCGCUUUGGACAGACAGGUCCUGAAGUAGUUAAUAUGCAUUUCAAGAAGAAUUGUAAUGAACCCUGCUUUUUGCAUCUUUCCAUACAUAGAAAAACAGUAUAACCAUGGACUUGAAACCUCUGUUCUUUGUGAGUACCUGUAAUAUUUCACCAAGAUGUAUGUCUGACUACAUGUAUGCCUUAACAGCAAAACAUGUAAACUAGCUUCCCCUCACCUCUUUGGAGCAGCUCCCAGAGCUAUGUGAGAGACUUGUCUCCCAGACUAGUCCUCAGUAAGACCCCGAAUAAAAUUUAACUCACAACUU